AUGAGUCGCUCUCAGGAGCUCAGUAAAUUCAAGUGUGGUCCCGUGAUAGGUUGCCACCUGUGCAGUAAGUCCAUCCAUGAAAUUUCCUUGCUACUAAAUAUUCCACGGCCAGCUGUUAGUGGUAUUAUAACAAAGUGGAAGCAACUGGGAACAGCAACUCAGUGGAAGGCGACGCAAAAUGACAGAACGGGGUCAGCACAUGCUGAAGCAGAGUCAAUAGCUAAAGACCUCCAAAAUUCCAGUGAAGGGAACUCUUAAGGCGUCAGCAUACCAAGACAUUUUGGACAAUUUCAUGCUCCCAACUUUGUGGGAACAGUUUUGGGAUGGCUCCUUC